AUGGCCAAACAAGCCAUUCCACAACGAAAGCCCUUUAUGGAACAAUUGGCUUUAAGAGAGACAGGCAAGGAUGAGUACGAAAUGAUCAACCUUCCUCAGGAUAUGGGCAAUCCGCUGGGUAUCGCAUACGGCGGCUACGCAAUCGCGGUAGCAUGCAAAGCAGCGUCUCUCACAGUACCAGAAGGCUACCACCUCUACUCCAUGCAAGGAAAUUACCUUGGACCGGCGUAUACGGAUCGACCUCUGCGGGCUAGUGUGAGAGUGGUGAGGCAGACGAGGACGUUUGCAACGCGACAAGUGGAAAUAAGCCAAACGACUGAUGCUAGGAAGGACGGCAAAGAAAGCGAAAAUCGAGUAUGCGUCCUCGCAACCGCCGACUUCAUGGUUGCAGAAACCUCAUCACUAUUAUCAUACUCGCCAACACCCUUGAAUACCUAUCCAAACUGGAAAGAUUGUCCCACGCCCGCCUCUACGUAUUCCGCUCUCGUCGCACAAGGCAAGAUAACGCAGCAAAUGCUGGAUGACCACGCAAAAGGUUUCCAUCUGCUGAACCACUUGUACGACCAGCGUCUCUGCCCCAACGCCGUCUUUGCCCAAAACCUCUACGGUUUCGCAAAACAACUACCGCAUACCCAAGAUCAUCUCCCACCAUCCUCCCGCACAACAGCAGACUGGAUCCGCAGCAAAGAAGUCUUACCUAAGCCUAUUGAUCACAUCACCGCGCUGACUUUCCUCAUCGACACCGCUAUUGCGUUCUUACCGUUGUCGUUCAACCAUUGCUGGUUUGACGAUAUAAGUGCAGUGUCUAGUUUGGAUUUCUCCUUGAGGAUCUUUGUAAAUGAGGUUGAUGUGAAUGGGUGGUUGCUCAGGGAGUUGCGUGCGCCAGUCGCGAGUCAAGGGCGUAGUUUUGGCGAGGCAUGGCUAUGGGAUGAGGAGGGCAAGGCGGUCGCAUGUAUGAGUCAGCAAAGCAUUCUGAGACCGGCAAAGAAGAAGGCGAAGGGGAAGUUGUAA